GAAAGGUGCUUCUGACGCUGGUUUGUGUACACACACACACACACACAGCCGGAUGGAGGUGGCGCUGGUGUUGUCGGGUUUGUGUGUAAUAGCGAGUUGAUCGUAUUCGGUUUCACAAGCAGGAAAUAGGGUUGCUUGAAUGAGUCUGCUGAUGAUAUGAAUGACAUUGAUACGUUGUGUACACUGUUGUUGUGAAGGGACAGCGCUGGAGAUCUUCUGAGGUAAGACAUGGCUCCAUCAGUACGCCUACAGGAAAUGAUCCGGGCAAUCCGGAGUGCCCGGACUCAGGCAGAGGAGCGGGCGGUUAUCCAGCGAGAGUGUGCUGCCAUCCGAGCGCAGUUUCGUCAAACUGACACCGAUGCCCGCUUUCACAACCUAGCCAAGCUGUUAUAUGUGCACAUGCUGGGCUAUCCUGCACAUUUUGGGCAGAUGGAGUGUGUACACAUGAUAGCCAGCUCACGAUACAGCGAGAAAAGGAUCGGUUACCUGGGUGCCAUGAUGCUCCUGGAUGAGAAGCAGGAUGCCAGCCUGCUUAUCACCAACUCUAUCAAGAAUGACCUUUCACACGGGAGUCAGCAUGUGCAGUCUCUGGCCCUGUGCACUCUGGCCUGUAUGGGUUCUGCGGAGAUGUGUCGAGACCUGGCCCCUGAAAUCGAGCGCCUCCUCAGGUCCUCCAGCUCCUACAUCAGGAAAAAGGCAGCUUUGUGUGCCGUCCAUAUCGUGAGGAAAAUUCCUGACAUGGGAGAGAUGUUCACACCUGUUGCAGGCUCCCUGCUCUCGGAGAGGAACCACGGUGUUCUGCACGGUGCCAUGGUUCUGAUCACAGAGCUGUGUAACCGCAAUCCUGACACUCUGGAGCAGUUCCGCAAGUCUGUUCCACAGCUGGUUCAAAUAAUGAAGGAUCUGGUCACGUCAGGUUAUUCUCCAGAACACAACAUAGCCGGCAUCAGUGACCCUUUCUUGCAGAUUCGCAUUCUCAGAUUGCUGAGGAUUUUAGGUCACAAUAACGACGCAGCAAGUGAUCUUAUGAAUGAUCUCCUAGCACAGGUGGCCACUAACACCGACAGCAGUAAGACUGCAGGCAGUGCUGUGCUGUAUGAAACAGUUCUCACUGUCAUGGACAUCAAAUCAGAAAGUGGUCUCCGGGUUCUUGCUGUGAAUAUUUUGGGACGGUUUCUUUUAAAUAAUGAUAGGAAUAUCCGCUAUAUAUCCAUGACCUCGCUCCAGAAGAUUGUUCAGACAGAUCACAAUGCAGUGCAGAGACACAGGGGUACUAUCGUGGACUGCCUGAAGGACCAGGAUGCUUCAGUUAAACGUCGCGCUUUACAGCUUUCCCUAGCUUUAGUAACCGCAGCGAACAUCCGCACCAUGAUGAAAGAGCUUCUCGCUUUCCUCUCUACCUGUCCACCAGAACUUCGAUCAAACACAGCGUCUGGCAUAUUCAACACAGCUGAAAGGUAUUCACCAUCUCAACGCUGGCACAUCGACACCAUCCUGCAUGUCCUCAUCACGGCAGGGAGUGACGUGAGAGACGAGACCGUGCCCAACCUAGUUCAGCUCAUUGCUACAGCGACCAAGCUUCACUGCUACACCGUUCACAAGCUUUACCGAGCACUAAUCAGUGACAUUUCACAGCAAUCCCUGGUUCAAGUAGCCUGCUGGUGUAUAGGGGAGUAUGGUGACUUGCUGCUGAAAGGGGAGUGUGAGGACAUAGAACCUAUGCAGGUAACCGAGGACGAUGUCCUUGAUGCCUUGGAAACAGUCUUACAGUCACACAUGUCAGCUUCCGCAACCAGGGGUUUUGCCCUAACUGCCAUCAUGAAGCUGAGUACCCGCAUCACAGCCAAUGUGGACCGAAUCAGGAGUAUAGUUAGUAUCUACUGCAGCUGCAUUGAUCUGGAGCUUCAGCAGAGAGCAGUGGAAUACAACGCCCUCUUCAAAAAAUAUGACCACAUAAGGGCUGCCGUGUUGGAGAGGAUGCCAGCAGUUGAGAAGAACUCGCCCAUUUCCACCAGUGGAGAUGUAAUCAGGGAGUCUAUUAAAGAUCCCAAUCAGCACAAGCCACUUGCAGGGGUGUCGGUUUUGCCUCUGGAACCAGCAAAUCAGGCGUGUGACCUUUUGGACUUGCUGGGUGAAACAGAUACGCCUCUCCAGGAAAGCAGUGUAAACGUCAACACGAUACCCAGCUCUACUAGUUCAAGCACAAGCGGAAACCUGCUGGAUUUGCUGGGAGGUCUAGCGUCCCCUCCUGGAACUCCUGUUCCUAAUGUGACCGUGUAUGAUGUUGGAGGAGUGAGCCUGAAACUUCAGUGUGACAGACAAACAGAGACCGGCAUCACAGUCACAUUCACUGCUUCUAACUCCACACAGAGUGAUGUCACCAACUUCACCCUACAAGCAGCAGUACCUAAGAGUGUACAGCUUCAGAUGAAGGCUCCAAGUGGUGAUGUGAUUCCAGCACAAAAUCAUGGUACGGUCACACAGACCGUUUUACUCAACAGUACCAACAAGGCAAGCCUAAAGAUGCGGGUUCGGGUGUCCUACUCCAACCGAGGCACAGUCUGUCAGGAAACAAUACAGAUUGACACCUUCCCAAGCCCUGCUUUGAACUGACCGUGGCAGUUGCCUGGGCCUGAUACAGUAUCUGAUCUUGAAGGAAAUUACAGUUUGUUUCUAGUCAUGGUUAUUGAUGUACAAAGAACUCCAUUGUUGGCGAGUGCAGUGGAACAUUAGUGCAGAAUUUAUUCAGAGAGCUCCCGAAUUGCAAAUGUUUAGACACAAAGUAACUAGUGGUUAAAAUAUGUACAAAUAGUAGACAGUUGUUUUUUUUGUUUUGUUUUUUUUAAUGUAAAAAAUCAAAUUAAAUAAAAGCUAUUCACAUGAAAAGGAAUGGCUUGAUGGAAAUCCAAGCUCGUGUUUUAGCUUGACCACUUAUGAUUGUGGUCAAAUAUACUGAUUAAAAACUACUAGUUGUUGGGCAACAAUCAUUUUGUCCAAUGAACCUUUUGAUUCCCUACUCUGCUAUCUUAAGAUAUAAUCAAUAGAAAUGUAAAGACAAAAUGAUUUCAUCUAACAUAGUUAAUACCAGCAGCUAUACUGUCGUAUUUGGUUUGGACUCUAUGGAAACUCUUCUGAUUUCAAAACACUACUAUUAGUUUGGACACAUCUAUACACAUUCCAUAUACACACAAUUAAACCUGUGCCAGACCUACACCAGUCCCAGUUAGCUAUGGGAAUGGUCUCUGGCUGUGUAGACCAUUUAUCUAGAGUCGCAUUUAUCCACAAACAAAAAAAAAAGUUUGAUCUGGAGCACUCAGAAUUUUUUUUUCAUCUUGACUGCAAAAAGUGCACUUUCUUUCAUUUCACAAUGCAGCCAUACCAGACUAACAUGGGCAGUACUGAUCAGUCGAUCUGAUACACGUUCAGGUUAUUUACAAAUUGUCUGAGACACAUUUUCAUUUUAAAAUAAAAAGCUGUUUCUUGUGUCGA